AUGGCAUCUUCCAGCGCAUCCGCAUUGGAGUUCAUGGUUCGGGUCUUCCAUGAGAACUUUGAAGAAGUGCCAGAGGUGAAGGUUUCAGUUGAAGCCACCACCACCUUGGAAGAUUUCAUGAAGUUGCUUCGUGAGAAUGCCACGAUUGCCGACUUGACCUUUGAGAACCCCCGCUUGGCUGGUGUCUGUGACAAUGGUUGGUUGCCUCGCAUGAAGGAGGAUAUGACCGUUGCUGACUACAUGGUGGAUUACAACGACAGAUUCCACCAAGAAGGCUUCCACUUUGCCUUGGUUGAGAAAGACCACCACCAUGAGAUGCUUGCAGACAAUGAGGACGAGGUGGAGAGCAUGAUUGAGAGUGACAGCGACUUGACCGAGGGUUCCGACAAGCAGGAUGAGGAUGACAAGAAGACUGACCGAGAUGGUAGUGAAAGCGAUGAUGAUGGUGGACACUCCCCUCCGCCUUCGUCUGGUGCGAUGCCCUCUUCAGGUGGCUACCCGUUGACUGGUGCCUCUGCUGGUUUCGAGACCUUGGAGGACAAGACGCUGGAGGAGUUGGAAGAGAUGGUGGCUUCCAUCAAGGUUCAGGGCACACUUCUGGUCAAGCGGUUGAAGGAGGUGAAGGACAAGGUGAAGGAGGUUAGAACAGCGACCAAGGCUGAGCGGGAUGCGGCGAAGCGGAAGGAGCAGAACAAGACCAAGACUGAGAAUGACGCAAGGGACAGAGCCCAGAACAUCACACUGAACAUCCGCCCGUCAUCGGAGAUGAUGCCCUUCACGGUGGCGGUCAAGAAGGGCGACCCUGUCAAAAUGGUGAAGAUGAGGACGAUGAGCCACGUUCACCCUGACAUGGAGGGCGAGAAGAAGUUGAUGAAGAAGGCGAAGUCCUUUGUGUUCACUCACAACAACAAGGCGAUGGAGUAUGACAUCUCCACACACCGCACCACUUGCAGGAAGUAUGGCUUGCUGGAUGGUGAUGUCAUCACCCUUGCAUCGGUUGGAGUUGGCGGAGCCCCUGUCCGAAAGACAAUCUUCAAGCCGAAGGUGAUGGGCACUGGCAGCUUCAUCACGGACGAUGACAAGUCCUUGUUUGAACUCGCCUUCAACAUGGGCAAGAGCGUGGCCAUCCUGAAGAAGAUGGACUUUGACACUUUCCUGAAGGAUUGUGGUGAGACUGAGUUGGAGGAGAUGAAGAAGUUUUUCGAGAGCGACCGCUCCAAGAUGGAGUUGAAAUUGUUGAAGUCAGCGGAGUUCUUGAAGUCCUACAAGGACAUGAACGCACUGGUGGUCAAGUUGGUCUACUCCAUGGAUUACCUGAAAGACUUGAUGUGCGACAGCAUCUUGGACAAGUGCGACAGCAAGUUGUCGAAGUGUAAGGAUACUGUCAUCCGCUCCAUUGACAUUGCCCUUGCCUUGAAGCGUGGCAAGGCUGACAUGGAGACCUGA